AUGGGCUGGCUGCUUGUUUUCGUGGUUUUAUCAUGUCUUUUUUUCAUCGGGUGCUCCCUAAAGACUUUAUUGAUUUAUAUUCUCCUGGUUGGCGUAAGUUAUGGCUUCACGUGCCUUUUCAUCAUCAAUAAAUGGGGCCUUGAUGGAUUAUUCGAGGAGUUUUUCAAAGCUGUCGAGUUAUUUGGGUUUGGAGCUCCUCAUCGGCUGGAAAACCGCAUCGGGUACUCGUCGUUCUACUCAAAUGGCUCCUUUAACAGCCUCGACGAGGUUCCAAAAGCUCUGGAAGAGGGAUUUAAAAAGUUAAUAGACAACGUCAUCCGCGAUUUUAUUCGCACAUGGUACGAAAAUGUCGGAGAAGGAGAACUCUUCAUUUCUGAAACCCAGGAUGCACUGGAGAUGUUAUGUUUGGAAGGCUACAAGCGCGGAUCGCAAAUAGACUCACAUUAUUUAAUCGAGCAGGUUAUAGUGGUCUUUCACGGACACUUGGAGAGAUUUAACAAAGCGAUGGCGAUCGUGAAAGCAAAGGAUCCGAAACUCCGACUCAGCAUUAGCUCAUCACAACUGUUAUGUCAAACGUACGAAUCACAGCUGUAUUCCAAGCCACCGUCUUUGUCAAGUUCUGCUGCCGAACUCAGUUAUUUAAGAAAUGUGGUCGAUUCGCUUUUAGCGGCAAUGAUCCCAAAGGACACGUUUAGUUGUGAUACUGGAAGAUUUAUUUUGCGGGAGAUUUUGACUGUACAAGUUGUGGAACCUCUUGUACAACUCUUAACAGACCCUGAUUGGAUUUGCCAAGCUGUGAUUGAGAUCCUCAGAAAGCAAAACGAAGGUGAUAGGAAAAGCAUGUCCACAGCCAAAGAAGAACAUGAUUGUCUUACAACAGAGGAUCACUGCGAUAGUUUAAGUUGCGCAAAUGAACCACAUGCAGCUGGCAAAGUUAAUCUUCCCUUGUUAAGUGAGAAAACAACAGCUGUAGAUAUGCAGAGAACAGCUAUUGAACAAAUUAUUAGUAGGAAAGAAAGUGAAGAGUCUGUGGAAGAUAUUGGAGAAAGAAUUGAAAUUACUGCACCUGGUGCUUGUGUGGAAAGUCCUGAUUUCCGCUGGUCUGUAAGCACAGAGAGACAGCCUCCUGUUGGAGAAAGUCAGCAUGACAGUGGAGACUCAUUUUUAGUUAUUUCUGUGGAUGAAAGCAGAGAAAAUAGCACCAAAGACCUCAAUCAAGGAAGGAGUAAUUGGUCAACAGAGGUAGUUCCACCAUCAUCAGUGGAGGACAGCAAAGAGAACACCUCGUCAGAUCAAAGUAAUAGCGACAAUAACUGGUCAAUGGAGGCUGUUGCUCCACACUCAACAGAGAGCAUUACAUCAAGCAGUUUGUCAUCCUCAUGGAUGGUUUGCCCUUCAUCAGAGGACGAGUCAUUCAGAAGAAAGAGUUUUGAAGAAAUGAAAGAGCAUCUCUCAGAAAGUAACGGAGCUCUUCACAGUUGGAAAGAGAUGACUAUGUCUUGUUGCCAUAAAUUUGAGGCAAGUGGAGACAGUUACCGUCCUCUCUCAUUGGUUGCACAAAAGGGGAGUAGUGAUGAAGAAUCUGAUGAAACAGGUGAUACGCCAUGUUCUAGAGUUACCACACGAAGAUUUUCUCUUCCAGAAUCUGAAAACAAGACUGAAGCUCAUAGAAAUCUUCCAAGAUCUGAAAGUGUGCCGUGUAAUCUUUCGUUAGCACAUUAUGACAACCUAGACACGGAGGAGUUUUAUACACCUAAGAGCCCUAGAAAAAUUUAUAGCCCUCACAUUUGUAGCGGGAGCUUCUGCAGCAGUUCUGACAGUUUUAAGUCUGUUUCAAGUGAAGAGGAUAUUUUAGAUUCAUACAUUGAGCUUGGGGAAGAAGCAUUGGAAGAAUCUGAUGACUUUCACUCAAGCAUUGAUGGAGCUCACAGUUUUGGGGUAGUUACUAAGAAAUCAACAAAGAGCAGAAUUACCAAACAAGUCUCAUUUGAGGAAUGUCCGGGAAAACACUUGUCCUCAGGAGUAGCAAAAGAGUUAGCUACUUCUGAAUGUGCUUUCCCCUCCUCCAGCCAAGAAAUUUCCAGUCCUAAGAAGGCUAUAUUGAGAAACAAGAAUGGCUCUUCAGAGCUUGAUAGCAUCAAGGAGUCUUCAUGGGAGGCAACAGAUAGGGACAAUGUUGCAGAUGACCCUUCUACACGAUGGAAACGUUUACGUUUGGGGUUUGGAGGUCAGAGUUCAGAUUCAUCGAUAAGUGAUGCAUUUAUUACGGCCAGUAAGAAACUUGUUUCAAAUUUCAAGCCACCCUUUAAAUUUGAUAGUUUCAGUAGUAACAGCACAAAAUCUUCAGAGGCAAGCAUUUCAUCGGGGGAAGAAUCUUUGGACCAUUCUUCUGCAAAUCAGAGGGAGAUAUCACCCCAAGGGGCAAGCUUAGCUGUUGGAAGAGGCAGAGCUGCAACAUACACUUCAUGCGGCAUAAGACGACUGUCCAGGAGUGAUGCCGUGGUAGAAGAGUCAAUGGACAAUAGUGAUACAGACACCUGGUAUGGGACACCCAGAGAUGACUGGACACAAGAGGCUUUAGGUGUCAAUGACAAAGGCAAGGAUGAAGUCGACAGUUCCAUAAUGCGAGUUAAAAGAAUGCACCCCAGUGAACUGAUUUCUAUCCCCAUUACGUUUGUUGCUUUGGAGACCACUUGGGAACCAGGAAGAAAUAAAUACACUCUCUACAAAAUAGAGGUCAGUUAGCAGUUCUGUAACAUUUAUGCUAAAUGUAGUAUUUAUAUACAUGUACUCAUAGUUCAAUCCCCUUUUUAAUUUACAAGUGGUACUGUCCGAUAAGAGACUAUCAAAGCACUUUGACUAUAAUAACUUGCUCUUGUGUUGCUAAAUGCAGUAUUUAUAUACAUGAACUCCUAGUUGAAUCUUCUUUUUGAUUUACAAACAGUACUGUCUGAUAAGAGACUAGCACAUAGCACUUUGACUAUAACAAUAAUUUAGAGCCCUCAAUGCUCUUGUGCUUAGCUUCCAGCCAUUUGUUAUCCACUAUGCUUUCGUCAACUCUGUGUACAGUGUAGAUAAUGAAAAGACAAGCUUAACACUUCCCUGUUUUCAGAGCAUGUAAUAUCCCAACUUUAAAGUGUUUUCAAAACUUGGGAAACGGUGGGGUUAUAAAUUCUGUGCUGUGUUUCAUCAUGUAGUGUGCAAAGAAGGUCAUGUCCGGCAGCCUGGGAUAGUGGAUUUUGCUAUCGGGCUAGUGAUUUUUGUUCUUAACUUGCCCAAGGGGCAAGUGCUGUAUUUUGGGUAAUUCAAAUUGCAGAAGGAUUGUAAUCAAUCCUGCUAAUCAAAAAGGGUUUUGGGGCUAGUUGAAAUGACUUGUGGGCUAGUAUAUGCUAGCUACAGCUUGCCUGAAUGGCAGGCUGUAAAACUGACUUUCUUUGCAUCCUGAUCAUGUAUUGAAACAAUUGAAGUAUGAAGUUGACAUGCAGUCAUAUUAAUUUUAGAGGAGACAAAAUAAAUUUUUGGUAAAAAAUAACUUGAGAAGGGAUUUUAUAAUACCUAGGGUACAUUCCUUUGAGAUGAUCCGGAUCAGGAUUAUUGAUCCAAGUUCACUUGUAUUUGAUGGCAAUUUUCCAAGUACAAGCCCCCGGGAGGCUUAUAGUUGGAGGAGUGAUCUAACGAAGGGUUUUUUUGCAUUACCAUUUUGGGGGGCCUUAUAUUAAUUUUGUAGGGGCUUAUAUAUGGAGGGGCUUAUUUUCAGAAUUUUACGGCAUCUCAGAUCACUGAUCCUGAUCCAGAUCAUUCCAAAGAAACGCACCCUUAGAAUAGCUAAGCUUACUGACGCUAUGACUUCUCUUGACAGUAUGACAUAAGGAUUUGGCAUGAGGUCUACACUGCAGCAGUAAAACAGGCCAAGCGUGAAGCUAAGAAAGAGCAGAUGAAGAGAAGAUUGUAUGCAGAUGACAAAGACAGCAAAGAGGAUGAUGAAGAAAUUUCUUUGGAUAGAAUAAAGCAGAAUGUUCCUCUAAGGCGAGUAAUUAAUAGACGGUACAGGGAAUUUAUGGAGCUUCACAAUCGACUGAUGAGUGGAGAGCUUGCUGUUCACAUGAAAGGUAUACAUUUUGUAGUAAAUUAGUAGAUAAAUAUGACAAGGUUGGUCAUGGACCCUUAAGUGCUGAUGGAGGCUGCUGCAUGUGCUGGUUUUCUCUGCCAAGGUUACUCUCAUCCUUGUAUAAUGCCAUCUCAAUUGAAUCUUGGAUUCCAGUUGACCAGACUGGCUGGGUUGUCAUGGUGGAGGCCGCUUACUGGGUUGCCACAGAUGCCUUCUUCCUCAUGCUAGAUCAUUGCCUGGCUCCUUCAACCUUUUAGGCACCAGCACACGAUCUCAUUUACUGGUGAUGAGUUUAAUCCUUGUAUGACACAGGAGAAAAAAAAAAUGAGGUUUCUAUUAACCCAUUAAGUCCCAAUAGUGACCAACAGCAAUUUUCUCCUAACAAUAUCCAUACACUGUCAAGAGAUGAGGUUAUGAGAAUUCAUAAAAUGAUCACCUAAGAGAAAAUGCUUUGAUCUUUUAUCAAAUUCUCUCAACUUAUUCUUUAAGGAAAUGUAUAGAGAUCAGUUUGGAGAAUUUGUAUGUGGAUAUUGGGGUCUAAAGUGUUAAUAAUGGAUAAUUGCCCACCUACCCCUCUCCUAAGUCACAAUUUUGCCCUUAGUGAGAAGUAAGUGUUAAUGUUGACUUAAGGGAGGGGUAAGUGGUCAGUUACCCAGAAACCUCACUUUAUCCGAUCUAAAAAAAUCUUUUAAAGGGCUUCUCUUAAGAGGAGUUGAAGCCAUGGCCUUCUGGCCCCAGUAGUUCCAAUUUCAAAAGCUGGAUGGCUCUAUCCACCAGAUAAAUCAAUAUCCAGUAGAUAAGUGUCGCGGAAACCAAUAUUAUUGAACAUUCUAUCCAGUGGAUAGCGGCUCAUCUAGUAGAUAGCAUUAUCCAUCACUAAUUCUUUUGAAAAACAGACACCAGGUUACUAUUCCGGAUGCUUUAUUGCUAAAUUACAGAGGGAUCGUGGGAGCCAAUACCAAUGAGGUUCAAGGGACAAACGUUCUGUAUACGGCUAGGAUUGAAGUGUUGAUAGGUGGCAUAGUUGUGAAAGUGAUGGUCAUACACUCUGUUUGCAAAGCACUUAAGCUUAUUUCGGUAGGCAGUAGUCGUAAAAAUUUUCAGCUGUUUAUACUCCCCUUUUAAUCAAUUUCCUCUGACUUUAACAGAUAUUCUGAAGCCUAACAGAAGAUACAAUUUACCAUUUGGAAGACUUGAUCCCGAUGUUGUAGAGGGAAGAAGGGAUCUGCUGCAGAAUUAUUUAAGGGUGAGAUCCAUCAAACUAUUUAUUUUAUUCAGAAACUGCUUCUGACAACUUUCUCUAAAAUGAUUGCAUUUGGGACCAGCACUACAUGUACAGUAGUACCCCACCUUUAUUAAGGCAACUUUUUUCCCUCCGGCAAAACAGCAUACAUUUUGUUAUAAAAAACCCCUGCUUAUGUGGUCACCCAUUGAUACAGCCAACGGCCACAUUUUAAAUGCUAUCACAGUUAGGGGCUGGUUGGCCACAGUGGAGAUCCCUGGAUAUCCUAGGGACCCACCUUCCAUUUAGCGAGGCAGCCAGUGAAACUUUUNCAAAAAAUCCUUAAAAGGGCUUCUCUUAAUAGGAGUUGAAGGCAUGGCCUUCUGGCCUCAGUUGUUCAAAUUUCAAAAGCUGGAAAGCCCUAUCCACCAGAUAAAUCAAUAUCCAGUGGAUAAGUGUCACGGAAACCAAUAUUAUUGAACAUUCUAGCGGCUUAUCUAGUAGAUACACAAUGUAGCAUUAUCCAUCACUAAGUUUCUUUUGAAAAACAGACACCAGGUUACUAUUCCGGAUGCUUUACUGCUAAAUUACAGGGGGAUCAUGGGAGCCAAUACCAACGACGCUCAUGUGACAAACAUUCUGUAUACUGCUAGGAUUGAAGUGUUGAUAGGUGGCAUAGUCGUGAAAGUGAUGGUGGUACACUCCGUUUGCAAUGCACAUAAGCUUAUUUCAGUAGGCAAUAGUUGUAAAAAAUUGUUUAGCUGUUUAUACUCCCCUUUUAAUCAACUUCCUCUGACUUUAACAGAUAUUCUGAAGCCUAACAGAAGAUACAAUUUGCCAUUUGGAAGACUAGAUCCCGAUGUUGUAGAGGGAAGAAGGGAUCUGCUGCAGAAUUAUUUAAGGGUGAGAUCCAGCAAACUAUUUAUUUUAUUCAGAAACUGCUUCUGACAACUUUCUCUAAAAUGAUUGCAUUUGGGACCAGCACUACAUGUACAGUAGUACCCCACCUUUAUUAAGGCAACUUUUUUCUGUCCGGCAAAAUGGCAUGCAUUUUGUUAUAAAAAACCCCUGCUAAUGUCGUCACCCAUUGAUACAGCCAACGGCCACAUUUUAAAUGCUAUCACAGUUAGGGGCUGGUUGGCCACAGUGGAGAUCCCUGGAUAUCCUAGGGACCCACCUUCCAUUUAGCGAGGCAGCCAGUGAAACUUUUAGUAUGUCAGCCAAAGGUGUCUGUCUCUAAGAGAGAGUUUGCAGGACUAGUGGAUUUUGGGAUUGGGCUAGUGAAUUUUGCUCUUUAAAAUUUGCCUGACAAGUUUUUUGGGGGACUUCAAAUUACAGAUUUCUGAGUACAGUGUACUUAAAGUCAAUUAUUUUUUUCUGUUGUUUAAAUUCCUAAGAAAAAUCAUGUGUCAAGUUGAAAGCUGUUUUUCAAGCUUAUCUGACAAAGUGAAAUUAUAGUAAUAAUUAUUACAAUGAAUUAAUAAAGUUGUUGCAAUUAAGUACUAAAUAAUGAUAAAUUAGUUAUUAUUUAACUGUUUGUCCAUUUUUUGGAGGGUAAGGCUAGUUAAAACGACUCUUGGACUGGUACAUGCUAUCUGUUUGGGCAAGCUGUAAAACUGACUUUCUUUGCACCCUGAUAUACAGUUACAUAAGAAGUCAUAUUAAUAGUGAAUAAUUGUAAUGAUUUUAGAGCCUGAUAUCCAAGCCACCUUUGCGAAACAGUGAAGACCUUCAACAGUUCCUUGGUGUGACAGAAGGAGAGCAGAUAUCAUUUAUUAAACCAAGCGUCGCUCAAAUGAUGAGCCAGUCAGUCCAUGUACCAAGGGUAGACAAGGUAAUUAAUUUUUAAUAACAAAAUAAAGAGAGGAUAUUACAUGGUCGCGCAGGGAUACGAAAUUUCUCUUCGAGUGUUGAAAAAUAUUUCACGAGUGAGCGCAGCAAUUGAGUGAAAUAUUUUUUUUCACCACGAGAAGAGAAAUUUUGUAUCUCCAAGCGACCAUGUAAACACCAAUGAAAUACCAAACCAUUUUAUUUAAAUAGUUUUUUGGUCUGAAGGUGCGGUUUAUUAUGAAGCCAUAACAACGGCGAUAAUUUCACAUUUGAAGAUAACAUGUUAUUUUCACAUGUGAAGAUAUCAAGUUUUCGUGCGGAAGCCCACUUAGUAUUUCAUUGGUGUUUAUAAUAACUGGAUUUAAUCAAUUCUAAAGGGUGUGCAAAAAAAUAAAGAAACGACCACUGAAGGAAGAAAUGAUCACUAAAGUUAUUUGAAAAAUUUAGAAUGCAACGUGUAGCAGUGAAAUUGUUGUCAACUUUGGUUGGCAGAAGCAGUCUAAAGUGUAUUCAGGGGUACCCAACGUCGGUUUUCUCCAAAAUAUGUUUAAAACACUUUUAGGCUAUCCAGAGUGUCUUGAGAUCUCUAAAAAUAUAUUCUAAGCAGUGCUACAAAAUUUUUAUCAGUUGGGUCAUCGAAUUUACGAGGGCUUUAGUAUUAUGUUCCCGAAAAUUUUAGGUGUAAUUAAACGUUAUACGAAAGUGAGAAAUUUUGUGAUUACUCUCUCCAUCACAUUUUAGAAUCCGAAAAUUUUAGGUUUCCUUUGCCUACAAAAAAUAGUAUAAACUGGUUAGUAAAAUAUAAAAAUUAAACUUCAGAAAAUCUUAGGGAAUUUGUGAGAUAAAGCUUGAUAAGUUACGAAAAUUGUACUUGAAUGGAACGUUCUUCUAGAAAUUUUUAGCCGUCCUCAAGUAAUAGAAAAUGCUAGGCAAUAUUUGCAUCUCCGAACAGAUAUUUUACAGAAAACAAUCGUUGGGUGCCCCUGUAUAUUGAAGUAAAGUCUUAAUUAAAAUGAUUGUGAAGGAAGAUGAGGAAAAAGGGAUGUUCGAAGAGAUAACGGUGCAUAAAAAUUAUGUGUAUUUGGCUCUUGUAUUGUUACAGUGAAGACACUCAAACUGUAGCACUUGGAAGAAGAUUGUCCCAUCUCAACGUUUUUGAAAACCUAGUUUUUUUUAUACAUGCUACGUCGCCCUAGAAAAUUCGAAGACAUUCCCACAAUAGAUAAAGUUUUUGAGCAAAAUAUAAAACGACCCCUAAAAAUUUCGGCUAAGGGAAAAGCUCGUCAGGUAGUCUUACGUUUUCGUGAAGCUUUCAAUGUAGGCUGUUAUUUUCGGGAAAGGCGAAAAACAGCCCUAAAGAAUUUGCGAGUUUUAAAACACUCCUAGGACGACCGAAGAGAUCCAUUUUUUUAGCGAUGGGAAUUAUUCAUUUAUAUUGCUUUUAAAGCACUCUAGGAAGUCUAAAGAGGCAUUUCAGAUCAUUUCCCAGAAAAAGAUCGUUGGGUGUCUCUGAGUAAUUUCUUGGCUUCCAUACUGUAUAACAAGUAAAGGCCCACACGAGCCAAAGGCCCAAACGGCCGGAGCUUAUCCCGGUUUCUUUAGCAUGAAGUAUGCCUUGGAGUAUUGCUACUCCCCACUGGACGGGAUGCUAGUCCAUCGCUGGGUUACCCCCAGCAGUAUGACGCCGGUACCUAUUCAUACACCUUCGUGAAGAGGAACAAAGUGGAGUAACGUUCCUUGUCUAAAAAAACAAUGCGACAAGCGAGGCUUGAACCCUAGACCUUCAGAUCUGGAGUUCGAGAUGUUAACCGCUCGGCGACACUCGCCUCCACUCCAUAGCACAUAAAGACGCAUAAUUGGUAAUAUUAACUAAAUGAACUUGAUAGUCGUGAUACAGCCCCUUUAAAAUCGCUCCGACUCUGUAUGCAUUUUUCACAGGCAUCCCUUUCUGUAAUCUCAUCACCAACAUUUGACUCUGAAUUUUAUCAGUCACAGGCUUCCACCAAUCAGUUCAGUCACCAUGAACACGUCAUAUUCCCUGUGUUGAAAACACUUCAUUGUCGCAACUCGCCAAGGGAUGAUUUUUCACAUCAUGAUUUCUCCAGUUGCUGUAAACCCUUAAAUCAAGUUGUUGUUAGUAUCGGUGGUGUUAUUUAAUAAUUAUUGUUGAAUGAGGCUGAGUAUCAUCUGAAGAAUUAUGGAGAUCGACGAGGGUGUUGAGCCGGGCCUCGAUCUCCAUAAUUCCUCAGAUGAUACGAAAGCCGAAUUCAAUAAUUGAUUUAUUAUUCAUUCAAAAUAAUUCUUAGUUUAUUUAAACAAGCGAAAACAUGCUUACUUCCGUCGAUGUUAAGUUCAUCUCGAUAGUGCAUAUUUAUCGGCAAGUUUAGGAGAUAAAGGUUUGUUCCUACGAAGCCUGUGUGAUCAGUUAAAACGGGGCAGAGAAAUAAAACAAGUUUACAGGAUGAUUGCAUCGCUUUGUGCUGCUCACUAGUGUUCAUUUUCUACAAUUUUUUUUUAAAGAAAAUUAAUUGUAGUUCAGAUUUUCUUUUGGUUGGUUUAUACCUGUUUUCUUUUCCUACCAGAUGUUAAGCAGACAAAUGACCAAAGUGAUUGACAGCAUCAAGACAGCUUUGGAUUCAGGUGCAUAAACAUAAACAUAAACAGACCACGUGAAGGGUUCAAUGGGCCAGUUUCGGUUUUUUUUACGCACAGCGAGCGAGGAAGAGCCGAAAAAAGAAGGAUUUAGGGCAAUCUCUUUUCUCACCGAGGCAUUUAAAUUCUCAGUGGCCCCCUCCCUCCCUCUCCUUUGGUUUUUAUUUUCCUCGCGCGUUUAUCUCACU